ACAGGGUAGUUUUGUGGCUGGAGUUCACUCUAUGAACUUUAUCCUGACACUAGUUACAUACCCAGUACAGGUUAGAGACUGGUGUUGUAUAAAACUGGAAUAAAUACCUGCUAUACUACAGAUGCGAAAUGGACACGCCUUAGACUUAGUUAACUCCUUUUUUACUGAUCUGCUAGCAGUUGACGAAGAACUGGGAUCUGCUUUAAGCCUUGUUUAUUGCUUUUAUACAUAAUCUUGAAUAGCGACUAAAUCAUGAAUCCAGACAGGAGCAAUAAUGACAGAUGGACAGAUCCAAACACAGCAACAAACCAAGAAGUGAACGAAGAGCAAAAUGACAGAAAUGACAAUUACUCCACAAACCAAAGCACCCAACCUCAAGAUUCUCGGAAUCCGACACACUCUGGAGGAUACAGCAUGAUCCCACCAAUAGAAUCAAGACGGAACAAACUCCUAAACAUGUCACAAAAAGAACUGGAUGAUCUGCAGAGAUAUAAGGAGGAACAUCGGCCUGGUCCCAUUCAACUGAGCCCAAAGAAGCUAGGAGGUGGGGACAUAUCAUUGUCAGCUGUACGACAGAAACAGCAGAUGCUGGCUUCCCAGUCUAAACUCCAAAAAAAGCUCAAACAACAGGACAUGGACCGUCGCAAAAGACAAGAAGAAGAAGAAAAGAUUCAGAUGAUGAGAGAUAUUCAGAGAGAGAAGGCCAACAAACUGGAAAUGAAGAAAAAGCAGGAGGAGGAACGGAGACAGGAGCUGUACCAACAUGAACUCUUAAUGAAAAGAGAAGCGCAUCUUCAAAGGCUUGAGAGGUCCAGUCCAGUUCCUAUAGCAGCGAGCAGCGCCACACCCACGUCAUCAUGGGCUCGUGGGCAUGAAUACAGGGAGGCCAGGAAGGCGGAGGAACAAGUGACCCUGCAGCAGAAUAGAGAUGAACAAAGGAAGAAGAGUCAACUUUUGGAAGAAAAACAAAAACAAGAGGAGGAGGACAGGAAAAGACAAAUGGAAAAUGAACGGCUGUGUGUGAACUCGGCUUUUCUAGACAGACUGGAGGCGAGAGGAUCAGGUAGUGUGUCUGAGUUGCUCCCCUGGACGCAGGAGCUGGGCAAUGUUUGGCAGACGGAGGAACCGCAGGACCCUGCUUCAUCGCCCUUGCCCUUCCCAUCACAGCUUCAGACUGACAGCGCUGCGGAGGAGGAUACUGACAUAGAAUGGGUUGUAAUGAAGCUUCAGACUAAGUUCUCUUACUGCGAACGAGAGUUUCUGGAAAGCAUCGUCUCUCAGUGUAACGGCAAUUACCAGCAAGCUUAUGAUCUACUCAAUGUCUAAAUAAGAACACUGUUGGCUCAAACCUUAACUGUUGGGGACACUACUAGCUAAAGUACAUUUUGCAUGGAAUAAGUGGAACAUUUAAAACUUUUUUUAAUUGUUUUAUUGUAUUUGUUUUUCCAGUAACAAAGCUCUUAGCAUUGUCACAUUCAACAAAUUAGUGUAAAUGUAUAUUUGGUCACAGGACUCGGUUUUCACUGACCUGUGUUUAAAAUAAUAAUAAUAAUUUACAAUUAUACAGGAUGCCUUGUACUAGUUAAGAGCAAUGCCUUCAUGGCUGUGUUCACCAAAAUUUAUGAGCAUAGAGAAAACACAUUGCAACAUGUAUAUAGAAGCUUUUAGCAGCUUUUCUUAGUAGCUAGCUUUUUAUCAACUAGGUAGUUUGGCUAUAGAUUCACUACGGCCAAGUAGUGUGCCCAACACAAUGACUUUAUAUUCAACAAUGUUUUUCAAGAAUAUUUCUCUGUUAAGCUUUCCUUUAUUCUGCUCUUUGUUUGGAAUAAAUAAAUGUUCCUCUUAACCUA